AUGUGGGAAAAUCGUCGUCACUUGUCAGUACACGCCCACCUCGAACAACCCCUGAUUCCCAUCAAAGUGUUAAAACACAAUGCACACAUUGCACACACAAUUGUUGCCAAUCUGGAGAUCCUCUCAUCUCCAGAAGCGGAUUGCCCAUGCUAA